CAGCAGAACCGUUUACAAGAAGCAGGAACUGAAAGUAGAGCGUGCUCAUGAUCUGAAUCCACUUCUUUGCAGUGAUGAUUUCUGGCUGAGCCAAUGAGACUCGGCUUUGAGCUAACAGGUAGUUAAUGUGUAACACGGGAGGAGCGGCCGUUUGCUCAGCUCAUUGCGUGACUCACAUCGACAGGAGAAGCAGCGACUCGGCCUGAACCCCCGCGGGACGGAAUAACAGACGCUUGGUGUGUGUUUGUGUGAAGCUGAGCUGUUUCGUUGGCUGUGACUGAGGAACAGAGCUGAAAUGGCUGACCCGAACGCUCAGCCACCAGCCUCCGGCUCCUCCGCCAAACUUGACCAAGUACAAGACCAAGUCAACGAGGUUAAAGUUAUCCUGAAGGACAACAUCAACAAAGUGCUGGAGAGGGGAGACAGAUUAGACGACCUGAUUGGCAAGACCGACGACCUGCAGGCGUCUGCUGACUCGUUCCAGAGAACGUCCACACGAGUCGCCAGGAAGUACUGGUGGAAAAACAUUAAAAUGAUGAUUAUUAUUGGCGUCAUCGUGUUGGUCAUAAUUAUCCUCAUCAUCCUCUUUGCCACAAAAGUUAUAUGAGUCCUGUCUUUACAAGAGAAGGACUGAGAACGAUAAAGGACAAAGCUUAAGAACAGCAAGUUUCACAUUGUUCUUGAGUGAAUGAUCUUUUCAGCUUGUACAGACAUUUUAAGUUCAAGAUAUGUGUAAAUUUAAAGCUUGUAUUAUUCUGUUUUAACGUUUGACGAUUUAGCACUGAGGUUAACGGCAGAGCUUUAUUUUGAAGUGCACUACUUCUUUAAACACUCCAUUGUGUGAUGAACCCCACCCACAAACAUUUCAUGGACUAAUACAAGUUUCUAUUACUUUUAUUUUAAGCAUUUCUUCAAGUUCAAUACACUCUGUAUAUAAUGAAUGUUCAAACUCUGUAAUAAUAUAUGUAUAUGACUCAUGUCUAUGAAGAUGAGGAUAAAUCAUAACAAUGCACGUA